UUCGCCCGGUGCAGCGGCGGGAGAACCGGGGGGGCCGCGCAGCGCCGCGCUUGGGCCGGACGCGCUCCUGCUGCCGGACUGGCCCGCCGGAGACUGCAGAAAUGUCUUCCUUCAAAAAUAAAGGACUAAUACUGGGUAUAAUGGCAGGGACUGCUGGAAUAAGCCUGAUGCUGAUUUGGUACCGCAGGAGCAGAAAACCUGGUGCAGCUGUGCAUAUACCUCCGUUCCUUGAUGUAGGUAACAGGCUUAAUUCUGUAGGUUUGCUCCAUGAAGGUCCUAAUGAGCAAGGAGUAGUAAUGGUUUUACAUGGAAGACAACUGCAGAUACUAGAAAAAUUGAAUGGCUUGCUAGUAAGUGUGGAAGAACUGAAGAGAGAAGUGCAGUUUUUGAAAGAAGCAAUUCCAAAGCUUGAAGAGCUUGUUCGAAAUGAACUUCAAGGGAAGGGAGAUGUUCAGAGAGUUAGCCCAUCACACAGAGCAACAAAGCGGAGAAAAGCUGAGACAGCUUCUGGUGCACAAGAAGCUACCAGCUCUGAGGAGGCCGAAAGUGAAGGAGGUUAUCUUACAGCUCAUACUGAUUCUGAAGGAGACUCUGAGGAAGAAAAGGAAUGUAUGAAAUCACCUGAUGCUACUGUGAAAUCAGAAGAAGAGUUAUUUAAUCUUUUACAGCAGGUGGACAGUUUGCACAAGGGUUCAGAGGAUGAUAAAAAGGAGGCCUUCAGAUUGCUGCUUGAGAAAGAUGACAAGUAUGAAAACUGUGUGGACUUUCUUUGGAGACUUGCACGAUCUUAUGGAGAUCUGUUUGAGAUGACCACUGAUGCUGUGCAGAAGAGGAAAUAUGUUACUGACGGAAAGAUUAAAGCUGAAAAGGCUGUUCAGCUGGAUGCCAGGAGUGCUGAGAGUCACCAGUGGUUUGCAAUUAUGUGUGGCUAUAUGUCUCAGUUUGAAAGUGUACAAAACAAAAUCAGGAAUGGUUAUCUCUUUAAGGAGCACCUAGACAAAGCAAUUGAACUUAAGCCUCAAGAUCCUUUUUUAUAUUACCUAAAUGGAAGAUGGUGCUAUUCAGUAGCUCAGUUGUCUUGGAUUGAAAAGAAAGUAGCUACUGCUCUCUUUGGGACUCCACCAACUUCAACAGUAGAAGAAGCAUUGCAGAAUUUCCUUAAGGCAGAAGAAAUGCGUCCAGGAUAUUCCAAAUGCAAUUAUGUGUAUUUGGCAAAGUGCUAUAAAGAUCUUGGCCAGAAAACCAAGGCACUGAAGUACUGUGAUUCUGCACUGUCAGUUCUCUCAGUUACUAAUGAGGAUAAAGAGGCCCAGAAAGAUUUAGAGGCUUUACUUCUUACACUGAAGCUGUGAUUCUACGCACUGCUUAACUCUUCACCCUGUGAUAAAAUUGGAAAUCUAAAAUGAAAUCUAUAGUGACUGGGAACUGGGGGUGAAUUUCAGCUAAGUCAAUGGGAAACCUGUCAUUGAUACUGGUUGGCUUGGAUCAUGAGCUUUAAGUAUCUAGUGAUUAUGAUAUGAAAAUUAUGCAUUCAUUUUUAUUAUUUAUAAUCUUGUACUGAAAUUUAAUUUUAGAGUGCUGACACUGUGAGUCUGAUUCUCUGAACAUGAAGUCCACUGCUGGCAAUGGACAUACUGGGGGUUAAAAUUCAAAAUGCAUAAAACUUACUCUUUGAAAGAUUAAUUGACUAGUAUUUGAUGCCAGCAUAGAACUGUGUGUAGCAAAAACAAACAAGAUGUUUCUAUAGUAAACUAUAUUUAUAUCAACUACUUUACACUGAUGUGUAGGAAAGAAAAUAAUUAAUGUUUUUGUUUACACGUUAUUUCCCUAAUGUUAUAAAAUUAGAAUCUUGUUGCAGUUAAAAAAACUCAGUUACCUCCACAAAGCUCUUUUUACUUUAAACUGGCUGUUGGUUUUACAUGGCAAUGUAAAAUGUUUAUAAUUAAAUAUUGAAGUUAUAUUUUAUUUGUAUUAUCAAAUACAAUACUAAAAAUGAGAUCAACAAAAUUAAGUGCUUUAGAUUAAUCUAUUACAGAUGCAAUGUUUAAUGGAUUUAUUACAGGACCUCUGUCAAGUUUGUGAAUUUGUGAAUUCUGGCUCUUUCUCUUUGAACAGUUGCCUAACAUGGUGGCACUGGUGUGUCUUCAGAGGACCUAGUCCAGCACAUGACCAUCACUAACCUUUUAUAUCGUCUGUAUAACAUAACCUGUGCAUAUAGAAGUAGACUAAUUAAAGAGCUACUACUUCUGUCUGACUGUGAAGGACAGCAAUGUUUUCAAUAAAAUAUAGCAGGUAGGGAAAGAAUUUUGUUCAUCAACAGUUUGAUCCAGAAUUCACCAAAGUUUGUAGAAAAAAUGCCAACUUUCAUUGGCUGUUCAUUCAGCAUCUUAAUGGAGAUGGAAAGAGUGUUUCUAGAAGAAGGAAGGAUUUCUGUUAAAGGAAAUACAACUGGAUAAGACAAUGCACAUUCCCUUGAUCUAUUGGAUGUAUAAGAUAACGUGAAGCAGUUUAUGACUUACACAGGGAGGGCUUGUAUGUAACCAAAAAAUUGAACUAGCAACUGGGGCUUUCAUUUUGGACAGGUGGGGGACAGUGACAUUAGCUUCUAGGCAAGUAGAAACUACAGUCACCUCAACAAUUAUUUCCAAGUUGGGUGGCUAUGAAGUAGUAUGCAUACAUAUGACUGAAGUAUCUCAUAGUAAGAAUGAACUUAUUAAUCACAGAAUGUUAGAGGUUGGAAGGGACCUCUAGAUGUCUAGUCCAACCUCCCUGCCAAAGCAGGACCACCUAGCUCAGACCACACAGGAAUGCAUGCAGGAAGGUUUUAAAAGUCUCCAGAGAAGGAGACUCUACAGCCCCUCUGGGCAGCCUUUUCCAGUGCUCCAUCACCCUUACAGUAAAGGUGUUUCUCCUGAUUUUGAGAUGGAAAUUCCUAUGUUCCAACCUAAACCCAUUAUUCCUUGUUGUAUUACUGGGCACCACUGAAAAGAGAUUGGUCUCCCCCUCUUGACACAACUUUAACAACAGAAGGCAAUAGAAACAGCAGACUGGGAGCAUUAAAAUGUGUUGAGUUACACUUGAAUUUAGCCUGACACUGUGACUCCCCAUAAAAUAUAUAGAUGUCCUUUCAAAAAGUAGAGCUGUCCGUUACUUGUGUAAGAUACUGCUGAACAAAAUCUGAAAGUCCAGAACUGAUUCUGAGUUCUUGAUGUUACCUUCAGAGUUUUCAUUAUGCUGAAGGUCUUCACAAAUCAUAAUAUGAGUUGUAAUUGUUUUAAUGUUUGUUCUGAGGGAAAAUACCUCUUUUCAAUUCCAAUGUUCUCUUUUUUCCCCACACAAUUUCAGAGAAAAGAGGAAAUAUCAUGAAAUUAAUCCUAUCAAAUAAUUCCUUCUGCGAUAGAAUAACCCACUUGUGAGCAGAGAAGCUGCAGAGGUGAUGCGUCUUGAUUUUGAUUAGAGGCUUUUGGUAAAGAGUGCUUUUAACAUUUUCAUAGCCAUUUAAAAGAAGAAUAGUUUAAGUGGGUCUACAAGAUUGAUUUCUACUAAGGGUUGUUGUUAGCAAUGCACAGUUGCCUAGGAGGAUAUAAUAAGGAAGCCUUUACUUAGAACAGUUUUAUGCUAAUUGAUGUAAUUUAUAAAAGAGAUUUGAAUUAUGCAAUAGGUGUUUCCUUUACAAGCAAUUAUUGUAGGUAAAGGCUGAAAUUGUAACAGAGGAAUAGAUUAGAACAAGAAGUUAUUUAAAUGAAGUUGCUGAAAUUAGGUGACAUAAGUGCAAUUCACCUCAUUAAAGGCAUAUACAAAGUACUGAAUUGAAGUAAAUAACAGAUAGAAGAUGGAGGAGAGUGGGCUAAUUGUGGUAAUUCUGUGGAAAAGGAGGUGCAGAUUCCUGUGAGAGGCAAGCUAACCAUGGGUCAGUAGUGCCAUGUUUAUGAAAUGGCAAAUUUCAUACUAGACUGAAUAAAUAAUCAUCCCCCAUUAAAUUCUCAUGAAAUAACCUUUUACUCUAAUUAGGCCUUAUAAGGUCUAAUGAGGUCUGAGCUGGAAUACUAUAUCCAGUUUUAGGCACCACACUUUGGGGAGGCUGAGGGCUUAUUGGAAAGAGUCCAGCAGAGGGAGACAAGAAAGAUGAGAGUGCUAGACAACAUAAUUUUGUGUGUAAAAAUUGAAAGAAUUUGGUUUGUUUAGUCUGCAGGAGCAAAGACUAAAGGAGUUUUCACGAUUGUAGAAAGCUAUUUCAAAGAAGACAGUAGGAAAAGAAAAAAAAAAGCAACCAAGAAACCUUGUCCUCCAAGCCUCCUGUUCAUAGGACAAGAAGUAAUUGCCUACCUUUAGAUGAGGCCUCAGAAAACAGCCUUGAUGGUAACUUUGCAAAGCCCUGCAGUACAUUUCCUGAAAACAUUAUAGAAUCAUUUACAGAAGUUUAAAAGUCAAACAAAGAAGACUGUAAACACUGGCAAUGUUUAAGGUACAUUCUUAAUUUCAUCCUCUGACAGAGGCUGGACUAGAUGACUUCUUAAGAUCCCUUUGGGCCUUGCUGCCCCUGGGUAGUGCAUGACUCCAGCCCCCCACAAGCCACAGGCACUUCUGGGUUUCUAGUUGGUGGGAUUGCAUUUGCACACAUUGGUUCUGCAUUGAGGCCCAGCAUUACUAAGGAAUUUGUGUGGUGAAACUUAUACCAAUGUGUUUCAAGACUUGAAUUUAAAUAUGUGCAUUAUGACUGCCCUUAACUAUUUAUUUCUCGCACGUGUGGGUUUAAUCCACAUGGUUACGUUUUAUAAUGAAAUUUCUGUUUUAUAAAUAAAAUUACUGAUCUUUCUUUUCAGCAUUCUGAA